UAGGUAAAAGCAUGGAUGAAAUUAAGAAGCUGCUGUUGUUGAUUCUGGGAUGUGCUGUGCAGUGUGAAAGAAAAGAAGAGUUUAUUGAAAGAAUAAAACAACUGGAUAUUGAAACCCAAGCUGCCAUUGUGUCACACAUUCAGGAGGUGACUCACAACCAGGAGAACGUCUUUGACUUGCAGUGGCUGGAGCUCCCAGAUAUGGCCCCAGAAGAACUAGAGUCUCUCUCUAGGAAUAUGGUUUUCCACCUUAAGAGGCUCAUUGAUGAGAGAGAUGAAUGCACAGAAGUCAUUGUAGAUCUCACUCAAGAGAGAGAUUAUCUGCAGUCUCAGCAACCACCAAGUCCAUUGAAAGUACCAAGCCCAGAUUCUUCACCAAACCCAGCCAACCCUCUUUCUAAUGAAGACAAGCAGCACCUUGCAGUGGAGCUGGCAGACAUGAAGGCUAAACUGAGAAGAAUACGGCAGGAGCUGGAAGAGAAGUCUGAGCAGCUUGUAGAUUCGAAACAUGAAGUUGAGCAGCUCACACUAGAGCUGCAGAAAAUAAAACAAGAGAAUAUCCACCUGGCCUCAGAUGCUCGCUCUGCCCGAGCAUAUAGAGAUGAACUUGACUCUCUGAGAGAAAGGGCAAACCGUGUGGAGAGACUUGAGAUGGAACUUGUUCGGUGCAAAGAGAAACUUCAUGAUGUGGAUUUUUACAAAGCUCGCAUGGAGGAAUUAAGAGAGGACAACAUCAUAUUAAUUGAAACAAAGGCCAUGCUAGAAGAACAGCUAACAAUGGCAAGAGCUCGUGGUGAUAAACUGCAUGAAUUAGAGAAGGAAAAUUUGCAACUGAAAUCCAAACUUCAUGAUGUAGAGCUGGACCGGGACACAGACAAGAAGAGAAUUGAAGAGCUUUUGGAGGAGAACAUGGUCUUGGAGAUUGCACAGAAACAGAGCAUGAAUGAAUCUGCACACUUAGGCUGGGAACUAGAACAACUGUCUAAAAGCACAGAUCUUGCAGAUACCAGAAAGUCCUUUGUGUUUGAGUUGAAUGAAUGUGCUUCAAGUCGCAUACUAAAGCUAGAGAAGGAUAAUCAAAGCUUGCAGAACACCAUCCAAGAGCUGAGAGAUGCCUCCUUGACCUCCAGAGAGAGCAGCCUAAAGUUUGUGGAACUGGAAAAGGAAAAUCAACAGCUUAGCAAAAAGGUAAUUUGCUUGCAGGAACUGAGCUCUUAA